ACACUUCUUUUCCUCUGUUCCUCUUUCCUUUUUUUUCACAGAGUCUUCCUUUCAACUCUGUUUUUUUUUCCUUUCUUCUUGGAAAUGGGGAAUUGUCAGACGAUAAACGCGGCGGCGCUGGUUCUACAGCAUCCCGGAGGCAAAAUCGACAGAUACUAUAGCUCCAUCUCCGUGAGCGAGAUCAUGAGUAUGUACCCUGGCCACUACGUGUGUCUCAUCAUUCCUUUGACGGAGGAGGAAGAGAAGAAUAUUCCGGCGACUGUGAAGAGAGACGAGAAGAAACACAAGAAGGGUGUGAGGUUUACACGUGUCCAGCUUCUCAGGCCGACGGACAGUCUCGUGCUUGGUCACGCUUACCGGCUAAUUACUUCCCAAGAAGUGAUGAAGGUCUUAAGGGAGAAGAAGUGCGCGAAGACGAAGAAGCACCACGCUGAGGCGAUGACUACGGUGAAGAAGUUGUUGGAGAAGAAUGUUCCGGAGAAGAAACAAGGGAAGCAGCAUCGUGUGCUAACGAGUUCAGCUUCUUUCUUAAAGUCCAAAGCAUGGAAGCCCUCUCUUCAGAGCAUCUCCGAAGCUACCAGCUGAAUAAUCCGAAACUGUUCUGAAUAAAUUUUGGAUCUGUUUCCUUUUUUGUUUGUUUUCUGGUUAUAACAGAGGAUGAAGUCUACGGAUCAAGAUAUGAAGAAAUAAGUAGCGGAUAGCUUCGUAUACAAAGAAGGGCUCAACAAAGCCUCUUUCUUCUUUUUUCUCUAUCUACGAUGUACAUAUUUUCGCAGAUGGAGAGAUCAAUCGAAGUUUGUAAGACUAGACCAGACCAAACGUGUGGUUUUUGUUGAUGUAAACUCGAUUUCAGA